CCCACAGAGGAGAGAACUGAUCGGCUUUUCUGUUGCUGGAUGGUUUUUAAUUGAAAUUUCAUCACUUUAAUGUCAGAGCAAUGACGCUGACAACAGACGUGGGGCAAGAUGGUAUGGAGCUCUUUAACCUUCUGCUCAGGAACACAGAAGAAUCAGCCGCCUGCCUCAGUGACCAUCCCUGGACUUUGACCAUUAAUAAUGCUCCGAGCCCUCAGAGAAGGGAUGCUGAUGAUUUCUUAGACGCCCUGCUGCACGACUCCUCCUCCUCCUCAGUGCCUGCUUCACCCCUGUGGUCCCCCUGCACCACCCAUAACAGCAUUAAUGAAGACCUCCUGACAGAUCUCUCAGACAGCCCCCAUCCGACCCCCUGCACGGCUUUCCCUGCAUUCGACACACACGCUUUCCCUCAGCCUCUGUUUCUGGAGAACCACCUAGCACCAGAUGAAAAGAAACCUGAUGUCUGCAUUGAUUUAGGCUGGGAGUCAGACGGCUGCCCGGAGGAGUUCGGACUUACGUACUACCUCUCCAAGAACCAACCCCCCCUGCUCACAUCCAGCCAUCCGCUCACAGUGAAGGACCUGCUUUUGACCAAUCUGGGACAGACAGCGCAGCGAAUCCCCCAGCAUUCCUUGCAGGAACUUGUACUUAAUGAGGAUGAGAAGAAGCUUCUGGCUAAAGAAGGUGUCAGCUUGCCCUGCAGACUGCCCCUGUCCAAGUUUGAGGAGAAGAUUUUGAAGAAGAUCCGGCGGAAGAUCCGCAACAAGCACUCGGCUCAAGAAAGUCGGAAGAAGAAGAGGGAAUACGUUGACAGUCUGGAAGGAAGGAUGUCUGCCUGCAGCGCCCAGAACCUGGAGCUUCAGAGAAAGAUCCAGCAGUUAGAAGAGACCAACAAAGCUCUGCUGGAGCAGCUCGACCGGCUACAGGCGCUCUCGCCUAAUAGCUCCAACAAAACAACAAACACAGGAACCUGCAUCCUGGUUUUGCUCCUSUCCUUCUCCCUGCUCCUUUCCUCCCACCUCCAGCCCGAGCCUUACAGCCUGAGCAGCCAUGCAGAAUACGCAGCCACCAAAGCGUCGUCUCGCUCCCUGCAGUGGAUGGAUGAAGCGGGCGGCGUCCUCCCUCUCUCGCUCCCUUCCGUCUCCAGGGGGGUUGGAGGCCUGCGAAGCCUGAAGGAGAGGCUUUGGGCCCCUUCCUUUCACCACCAGGAUCACAGACAUGAAGAUGAUUACCGGUCCCACCGGAGUGGAAACAUGUAGCACAGGAGUGCCGACUUGUUUGCGAACGCCUCCUCCAAAUGGGCACUUUAUUUUGCUUUCCAGCAUCAGCUUUUUACUGUUGAGACUCAGUGACGCUCCAGUGCACAAAACUCACUCUCUCAUACGGUUAGUGAGGAGCUCGGGCCUCACAGGUUUUGAGUAAUUUGUUUAUUUGCCACAAAAAAUAUCUGCAAGGACACUGUGGAUCAAGCAUAAGGCACUUUUUAAACAUGUAUGAUUUGUAAGUUAACACAUAUGUGCGUUUAUUGCUUUAUUUUGUUUACUUUCAAUGUGAAUAAUUAAAUAUGACAAGUUGAAAUGAAAAGUGAGACAAUUUCUGAAAAAAAAAACAUAUUUGGUUAUUUUAAAGGGGCAGUAUUAUGUGUUUC